CGCAGAGGGAGCUAACCUGCGCCGGUUUCUGUGGCCGAGCCGUUGGUUUUGACGCUCUUGGGCGGAGCCGAGUUGCUCUUGCGCCCGGCGCCGCCGAUGCCCAUCUCCCGGAGAAGCUGCUCUUCGACAUCGGUGGUGUAGGUCUUCCCCACGCCGAAACCGGCCGGCUUGGGCCGGUUCUUGAGAAAGAUGUCCUCGUCAACCGCCUCCUCCACGUCGUCGUCGUCAUCCGCCUCCUCGUCGUCGUCGUCGAGGGUGGUGGGUACCGGCUCGCGGCUCCGGCGGCCGUAUUUCCUCAGGCGAGGGAAGGCGAAGAGGACGUGCGACGCGCGCAGCCGGGAGGGCGGCGGCCGCGAGAGCGAGAAGGGGCCCGACGCCGACGACGCCGCAGCGGCGCCACACGCGGUCGGCAGCUGCAGCAGUGGCAUUUCACUUUUGUGUUCAGUCUGGGCGGACCAGCCAUGGUGGUUUCCUCUUAUCUCCGCGAGACUUAACCGGCACCGUCCGAUCCUUAUCGCAACCGAAUCGCAGCCUCUGCCUCCGCCUCGCCCCCACGCGCCCGCCACCUCCCCGCCGGCCAUUUUCCGGGCACCUCGCCGCCUCCGCCUCCGCCUGAUUCUUAUUAUGCUUCGCCUUCGCCUCCAUCCUUGCCCCCGCUUCUCUCCGCCGGGAUCCCACCCCGCCUUCCCUCGCCAGUUGGCCGCCUCUCCGCUCCCAGAGCUCUCCUUCCAAUCCACCGUCACCGCGCUCAGAACCCGAAUCCCUCCGCUCCAGGCCGCCGCCAGCCGAGCCGCCUCCGGAGAGGAACGAGGGGGCGUCGACGAGGACGAGGAAGACGCGGACCUGGACAAUGCACUCACCAAGACACGGCGGCUCGUCGAGUGCGCCAUGUUCGCAUCCGUUGCUGGCCUCGCCUACUUCCUCAGCAACUCCCUCGCCAUCGAGAAUUACUUCAGCUGCUUUUUUCCAUUGCCGAUAGUCAUCUCCUCCUUGAGAUGGGGAUUAGAAGCUGGCAGGAAAACAAUGGUGGCUACUGUUUUACUGCUCUUCACAUUGUCUGGCCCUGUCAAAGCAUCGACUUAUCUGCUUAUGCACGGGGUAGUUGGUCUAGCCAUGGGUACUAUGUGGAGGUUGGAGACCGAUUGGAUUGCUUCCAUCAUAAUCUGCUCAAUUUUUGCUUUGCAGAUCCGUGCGGUGGGAGCUUGUGGAUAUGUGUUAGUUUCAUCGUUCCUGAUACGAGAAAACAUUCUUCAAUUGAUAACCGUUAACGUGCAUGCCUCCUUAACGUACAUUCUGGCGGCGGCUGGUAUGAACGCAGUUCCAUCCAUGGAUGCAAUAUAUGUAAUCUUUGGGACACUGCUUCUACUUAAUUGUGGAUUCUUUGUCUUCAUACUGCACAUAAUCUACACAAUCUUCCUGACCAAGCUUGGAAUCAAGCCUUCGCUGAGACCUCCACGAUGGCUGGGCAAAGCAACUUUUAGUUGAUAGGUAGAAUGCCACCAUACUCGUUUGUAGUUGAAAGUUUGUGCCCUGACUGAACUUGCAGCAUUUUAGUUACAACUUACAAAUGCUCCCCCAUUACCCACAGCAUGCCGGCGUGGCAAUUGUGGCCUUUGUAAUAUGAGCAUUAUUGUUCGGCUUCCUGGUGCAUGAUUGUGGUUUUCCUGACAAGAUUUUUGGUGAUUGUGAUUCAUUAUUGGUGGAA